UACUUUUUUAACCUCGUCACUCUUGCCACACUUUGCAGCAGGUCCUGUUCUGGAUCGGUUUACGCUUCCACACGCAUCCUGGAAUUCAUCGGGAGCGUUUCAGCAGCCGCUCAGGGUCCCCCAAAUGACACGAGGUCGACCCAUGCCCAUGAUCUCCACCUGAGCCAGAGGAGCCCCCUCCUCUCCGCUGACACCUUCCCUUGUGCUGCUGGAUUUACUUUGACGUUCAUAUUUCAGGAGACCGUCCUACAUGAUGCUUUGGGCGUUUGGACUCGCUCUGCUGCUCGCCGUCGCUCCGCAGGCUGCCGUGAUUAAAGAGGGCGAUGGAAGGAUGAACUCGGGGGUGAAGAUGGAGGCCGUUGGCCCGGCGGGACUGGCGCAGCUGCUGAAGAUGCCCGCCCUCACCAAAAGUUCAGGUUUUAAACCAGAGCUACGCCGAUCCAAGAGGUCGGUGUUUUUACACUCUGGAGUGAGAAUCUGCCCCCAGGAGACCAUCAGUGAAGUGAUCGCAAGCCACCAGGCGUACUACCAGCUCAGAGUUUGUCAGGAGGCGGUGUGGGAGGCGUUCAGGAUCUUCUUCGACAGGAUUCCGGGGACGGCCGAGUACCAGCGAUGGGUUCACACGUGUCAGCACGAGUCGCUCUGCAUCUCUGACCUCGCCAAAAACUUCAGCGACUCGGAGGAGCACGUGAGCAUGAUUCAGCGGAGGAUGGACCGGCUGAGAGACAGGAGGCCUUCAUCACGGGGAGCGACGACUCCUGCACCAACACAGAAGCUCCCGGAGAUCACAGGUCCUGAGGCUCAGACCGAUCCCCCGUCAGCGCCCCCAGUGCUCGUCACCAGCACCACUGUCUUCUUCAGUUCCACGAGUGCCUCUCCAAGCUCCACCCCUGAAACGAGCCACCCUGCCAAGGAGCUCAAAGAGGACCCGGAGCUUCCAAACGUCGUCCCAGAUAGUCCGGUGGAGCAGAUCGUGGAGUUCAGUAUCGACCUGGUGGAUCCGGGUUACAGAGAGCUGCUGGAUGACCCGGAUUCCCCUCAGUACAUCGACCUAGCACAACACCUGCAGGACCAGAUGCAGCAUGUCUUUGACAAACUUCCUGGAUUUAGAUCCAUCCAUGUGCUGGGUAUCAGGCCUGGAGGAAUCUCGGUGCACUACUCUCUGGUCUUUGAGGUCAGUUCCCCUCAAAUCACCUCUGAGAUUUCAGAGAAUGCGACUGACACGCCCAAGUCUUCCUCAGCCAACUCUGCACUCAGGGAAAUGGUGACCAAGGCUCUGCGUGAGGAGGCGUCCCUUCCAGUCGACCUGGAUUCAAUUAACUUUGAACCAGAAAAGAUCCUCCUACCAGCAUUGAGAGCCACUGCUUCAGUUGGAGUAAUGAAUCAGUCCAGCGAGCCUGAUUCACACAACGAGUUGGAAAUUUCCACUGUGGAGCCAGAGUUUGACAAACUCUGGCCGGCAGUUUCCCUCACCCCCAUGGAGAAGGAAAAUACCCUGGAGAUCCUGCUUGACCCAACAGCAGUCCCAGAUGAGGAUGCGACAGCAGUGACCAGUGGGGUGGCAGAGGGCAGCGAUCAACUCCCGGGCUCGGAGGACGUUACUGAUGAGUCGAUUUAUGUGAGUGAACCCGGGCCAGUAAAGGAAGAGGGGAAGGGAGAAGAAUUGCUGAUCAUUACACAUGAGAUUGAAACCAUUCAUCAUGAUGAAACCGGUAAACUUGUGCGAGACUACAUUCCCACCCCUCCUGCGCUUCUUGAGCUGGAGACAGAUGCUCCCUACGUCAGUUUGUCUCCUAACCUGAUACCAGAGGGAGACCUGAGUCCUGUUGGUGACGACAGAGAAGGUCCUAGAUUGGACACUGUUCAGAUUACCCCAACCGCUAAUAUUAUAUUCACUACAAUUCCGGCUGCAAAGGAGGCGCCUGAUGUUAGACUCCCCAUCACAACACUCUCCGCCAUAACAGACCAGCCACCCACAAAGCCAACAGUGAUGCUUCAUGAAGACGAAGAAGAAAAUGCUCUUCCAGAGGAAGAAGAGGAGGUACAUUUGGGUGUCUCUAAAACCCACGAUGCUGGUGAUAUUUCAGAAACAAAGGAUGUUUCAGAGUUGGAAAAUGAAAAGGGCCUGCUCAAACCAGAAAGUGGGUUGGCAGUUGAACCUGAUGAAGAAUCGCUCAAAGUUUUGCAGGCAACUGUUGAAGUUUCAGAGACAGUUGAAGGAAUAUCUGAAGUUUCAGAGUCAGCCAAAGAAGUAUCUGAUGUUUCAGAGACAGUCAAAGAAUCAUCUGAAGUUUCAGAGACAGUCAAAGAAGUAUCUGAUGUUUCAGAGACAGUCAAAGAAUCAUCUGAAGUUUCAGAGACAGUCAAAGAAUCAGCUGAAGUUUCAGAGACAGUCGAAGAAUCAGCUGAUGUGUUUAAACUAAAAGAAGUAGUAGCUGAAAUUUCCAAGGUAGAUGAACUUCAAGAACCUGACAAACUAGGAGCAACUGUUGCAGACCCUGAUGAAAAAGUAGCUGAAGUAUCAGUUGAAAAAGAAGUACAUGGGGUUUCUGAACCAGAAAAAGAAGUGCCUGAAGUUUUAGAGCCAGACCAAGAAGUAGCUGAGGUUUCCAAACCACACAGAGAAGUGCCUGAAGUUUCAAAGUUAGAAAAAGAAGUAUAUGAGGUCUUUGAAAGGGAUAAUGAAGUGCCUGAAGUUUCAGAGCCAGUAAAAGAGGUAACUGUAGUCUCAGAGCCAGGUCAUGAAGUAGCCGAGGCCUCAAAACCAAAUCAAGAAGUAUCUGGGCCUUUGGAGCCAGAUCAAGAAGUACUUGCGCCUUCAGAGCCAGGUCAAGAAAUACCUGCGCCUUCAGAGCCAGGUCAAGAAAUACCUGCGCCUUCAGAGCCAGGACAAGAAGUACCUGCGCCUUCAGAGCCAGGUCAAGAAAUACCUGCGCCUUCUGAGCCAGGUCAAGAAGUACCUGCACUUUCUGCCAGGUCAAGAAGUACCUGCGCGCUUCUGAGCCAGGUCAAGAAGUACCUGCGCCUUCUGAGCCAGGUCAAGAAGUACCUGCGCCUUCUGAGCCAGGUCAAGAAGUACCUGCGCCUUCUGAGCCAGGUCAAGAAGUACCUGCGCCUUCUGAGCCAGGUCAAGAAGUACCUGCGCCUUCUGAGCCAGGUCAAGAAGUACCUGCACUUUCGGAGCCAGGUCAAGAAGUACCUGCGCCUUCUGAGCCAGGUCAAGAAGUACCUGAGCCUUUCGGAGCCAGGUCAAGAAGUACCUGCACCUUUCGGAGCCAGGUCAAGAAGUACCUGCCCUUCAGAGCCAGGUCAAGAAGUACCUGAAGUUUCUGAAGUAGAUAAUGAAGUGCCUGAAGUUUCAGAGCCAGUCAAAGAGGUAGCUGAAACCUCAGAGCCAGGUCACAAAGUAGCUGAAAAUGCAAAACCAGACACAAAAGUGCCUGAAGGCUCAGAGCCAGGUCAAGACGUACCUGUAGACUCAGAGCCAGGGGAAGAGUUUAUAGUAGAAUCUCAAGAAGUUGCUGUUUCAGAGCCAGAAGAAGUAAUUGCAGAAGUAAUUACUACUCUAGGUAUUGAAGAGAAGGACCUUGAAGUUUCAGAGCCCAAGGCAGAAGCAGAAGAAAGCACCGUCAAAGAUCUGACAGAAGAAGCACUGCAUGAACAGCCCAGUGUUUUACAACCAGAAGAGGAAAAAGCAAAAAUUACAGAAGAGAUUAAAAAAAUGGACGAAAAUGUAAUUCCAAAUUUGCAGCCUGAGCCAAAUGUGGGGGGUGUUAAAGAACCAGAGGAAGAGUCACAACUCACAGGUGUAGAAGAUGUUUCAGAACCAAAAGGAGAGGUGGUUGAUGCCACAGAAUCAGAAAAACUAGUGCCAGAGGCCUCUGAACCUGAAGCAAAAGUAAUUGAGGAAAAGCCAGCAGAUGUGAAACCAGCAGAAGAAGAGGUUUCUGAGGGUCCAGCACGAGAUGAUAAAGAUGUCGAAAGAAAGGAGGAAGAGGUUUUGCGGGUAGAAAAAGUUAAACCUCCAGCAGAAGAAACUGCAGAACCAGAAACUGCACCGACAAGGGAAACCCAAGUGCCCAAAGUAACAGAAAUGGCACCUGUGGAAGUUGGGACUGCAGAAUCAGAAAAGGAGCAAGAAGAAGUACCAGAACCGACUGAGUCGGUGGUAGAGAUGAAAAAGGUACCAUACGAACCAUUACCUGGGAAAGAAUCAGAAGUACUGGAUGUAACUGAGGUCCCACUACCACAAUCUGAAGAAGUCGUGGAACAAGUGAAGGUUGCUGAAAGCCCAAAACCAAAAGAAGCUUCUCAACCAGUCAAAGGCAAAGCUGACAGUUUACCACCAGAGGAAAAGCUACCAGAAGUCUCAGAGUCAGAAUCUAAAGAAGAGGUAAUAGAGGAAGUCCAACAAUCAGAAGGGGAGCAUCUUCAUGGCCUAGAAUCGGAUCCAGGUGAGGGGGUAGUAGAGAUGUUAGAACCAGAACCUAAAAUAGAUGCUACUGAGCCACCUGCCGAAUCAAUUAAAAUCCUGCCCUCCUUGGAUGGUGUGGACAACCUUCCUUUUGGAGAGGAUGCUGUUCAGGUCAUUGAAGAUAAAAACCUCCUGUAUCCUGUCAGAACUGACUAUCAUCACCCAGCAGAGGAGCAUAAUUUACCCGUCAUACCAGUCCAGCCUUCCAGCGAAGAUGUAGGCGAACCUGACCAUGACUAUCCCAUCAUUGAUCAUUUUUACAACGAGGAGGAUGUAGAGAGUGUAGACGUUCAGGUGGAGCAUGAAGUCAAUUCCACCACAAUGACAGAAACGACAAAAGGCAAUUCACACUUGGAGACGAUCUCUCAUAUCACAGUGGCAGCUGCAGACACGACAGGCACAUCAGAAGCCACUAAAGAGUUGCCAGAGGAGACACAAAAAAGUAAUUUAUCCCCAGAAACAGACAUCAGUGUGACAGCACCACCAGCUUCAGACUCACUGCCUACACCUCCGGCAGCUUCUGUUGAUGUUUCUGAAGUGUUUUUACCCGUCCCAACAAUUGACUCUGGACUCUUUGAGGUAGCAGAGGAAUCUGAAGUCCCCAUUGUUACUGAGUCUCCUGAGGGUGAUAGCGCUGAGCCGGAGGUGGAGUCAGAGCAAAGCGAGCCAGCUGUCGUCAUUAUUGAUGAAGACUUGGGAGGCUACAUAAAAAAAGAAGGCGGAAGCCCCACCACCCCGCCGGAUGCUACCGAAGACAUGGUGAAAGAAGCUGUGCAGGACCUGGCUGUGGAGCUGGAUCAAACCAGCGUGGUGGCCACAGACCCAAAUGAGCUCCUGGAAAAGGGAGAAGAGGGGAGCGGCUUCCUGUCUGUGCAGGAGGAACACAGGACCAUUGUCACCACGGCCACACCUCCACUGAGAUACCUAACCACUCCCACCAUGACCAUGGCCAGCCACGGCCGGGAGCUGGUGGUGUUCUUCAGCCUGCGCGUCACCAACAUGGACUUCUCUGAGGACCUCUUCAACAAGACUUCACCUGAGUACAGGUCCCUGGAGAACACCUUCUUAGACGUGCUGCUGCCGUUCCUGCAGGCCAACCUGACGGGCUUCAAAAAACUGGAGAUCCUCAACUUCAGGAAGGGCAGCGUGGUCGUCAACAGCAAGAUGAAGUUCACCAAGUCAGUGCCGUACAACAUCACCGAGGCGGUCCACUGCAUCCUGGAGGAGUUUUGCACCGCUGCCGCCAAGAAGCUGCACAUCCAGAUUGACACCCACUCUCUGGACAUCGAACCAGCUGAUCAGGCCGAUCCCUGCAAGUUCCAGGCCUGCGGUGAGUUUUCUCGCUGCGUGGUGAACGCCUGGACGAAGGAGGCGGAGUGUCAGUGCCAGUUGGGCUUCGUGUCAGUGGACGGCCUGCCCUGCCAGAGCCUGUGUGUCCUCCAGCCGAACUACUGCCAAGGAGGAGAGUGCCGCAUAGUUCCCGGAUACGGAGCCGUGUGCAGACACAAAGACGGCUAUUCCCUCCCAGCCCUUUCCAGUUAAGAGAAUAUAAAGGAUCGGACGGCACAUGAGAACACCACCACAGGAACUCGGACUCAUCGCGGCCUCAUUCAGUCACUCGGUUUAAAUUCAAGUUGAUGCAGAGCUGAGGAGGUUUCGGGACAAAUCGCUGGCUUCUACACUCCCCAGCGCUCUGAGCUUCAUACCAGAGGACAAUCAGCCAUCGGGGAAAACAAACGUUUAGGCCAUUUUAAAAAUGUCAGAAAGCUGUCGUCUGCAGCUGACGAUGAAGAGGAGCUCAGGGCACGACCACAGCAUUGAUCGGGUUGAUAUCGAUAGACCCUGGACUGCUUUUAUAUAUGUCUGCUGACUCUAUAUGUCUAUAGGCUGUGUGUCACAUGAUUAGGAAGUAAUCUGAUGGUUCCCCCAGAUGUUAAUGCAAUUUACAAAAAAAAAAAAAAAAAAAAGGUCUCCAGUGGUGGGUAGCAAUUUGUUUCAUACCAGCAUAAUUUUAUGAUGUUCAGAUAAUAUUUUCUAGAUAAAUAAUAGAGAUGUUCUUUAACUUCCUAUUGUACACCUGAACCUUAUACGUAUAUCGAGUGAAGAUGCAGUAGUGAUAAAAAAAAAGUUAUUACUUUUCUAUCAAGUUUGAUUCAAAGGACAUUUGGAUGCUUAAUGAGGUUAAAAUAUCCAGUAUUUAUUCUUUCUCUCAUCCCUUAUUAGAUUUAUUAUGCCCCAUAUUUAAUUUUUGUAAUGUUUUAUGGUCUCGUCUUAAUCCCAAGGUUGGGAAUCUAGAGCUUUAAACUAUGGCUAGCUGUGGUGCAGUGCUGAGCUAAUGCUGAUUGCUCAAGACUCCGCGUUAGUAAAACGUGUAUGCAUUGGCCAACCUUGAUGUUAACACCUGGAUCCUUUAAGAUGUAGCCACAGGGUUUUUCUUGGAUGUUACUGCAGAAAUUAAGCUGUGGGAAUACUUCCAUGUUUUUUUGCAAGAUGAUUUACACUUUAAUGAAACACUAACAAACUGUUGACAAACUGUUGUAGAAUUACGGAGUUCCUGUAUUUGCUGUGAAAAUGUUGAGGAUGACCAUCACACCUUCUCUGGCACAUGUAGUGGCUUCAAAAUCCAGGAGUUUGGGUGAUUACAGAAUAGUUGUAUCUAUUUUAUGAUGUAGAACAAAACAUGAAAUCAGGUGACCCAUCAAUGGUUAAGGUUUGAUUUUGCUUCAGCCCUGUUAAAUAAGCAGAUCGUUUAGAAAUGAAAAGCUAUUAUCUUUUAAAUGUGUUGUCACAAACUGAACAUUACACUCACUAUGUGCUAGCUGCUAGUAUUAAACAUUAAAUCUACAGUUACAACAAAACCUAAAUAAAAAUCCACCCACUUCCUUGACCUAACCCUUCUAUAACAAAACCACAGUUAACCAAAGACAUUUUUUUCAGGUGUCAAAAACUAAACCUUUAACAAGACCCAAAGAGUUUUUCAUGUAACACUAUGUAUGUGAUUGUGUUUUCGGCAUGGUAGUCAUAAAUCAAACACAGUACUUAGUGUUUGUUUCUUGUUUGCAGUUUUUGGUUGUGACUGUAAUGCUAACUGCUAAAAUUUAAAACUUUCUAGUCUUCUAACAAUACAUUUAACAGUGACAGAAACAAUUCAACACAGCUAAACAUAAAACAAUACCACAAGCCAUUUAGCAUAAAGGCCCAAUAAAAAUAUGGUGCUUUUAGCUAGUUAACAACUUUGGCAUGAGUUUGUGGUUCCAUCUUUUUUGCUACCUAGCUAACAUGGCGACUACUUAAAAGUAUUGAGUAUUCUCAACAUUUGGACUGUUUUAAUUUCACUAUCCCUAUUAUGAUACUGACCACUACUGUUACUAUGAUUGGUCGCUGACAACAAUUUGACAGCAAAAGUGUAAAGUACACAAUUUGAGAUGCAGUGCAGUUGUCUACAGCUACAAUAACUGAUCAAAGGUGGCACCAUUAGUGGGUGGCUGAAUGCUAACAUAGUGCCCGCUUUAUUGAAUACGUUUCUAACAUUUGCAUGCUAGCAUACUAACAUUUUACAGCAGAGCUGGGAGAGAAUUAAUUUGAUCAGGUGGUGGCGCUAGAGGAACUGUCAGAGGAUAACCAACGUUUUUAUUGUUCAUCCAUGAUAGUACAUAUAGCUCUCAAAGUUCUAAAUAUAUGCAACAUGGAUUCAUGGAUUUAUCCUUUGUGUACAUGCAUUAACUAUCCUUAAUGUAAUAUUAGCUCUUACAUGCUCUGACAGACACCGUGAACUAGAAACGUUUACCGUGUAACUCUUGGUGUUAUCUAAUUGUUCCCUACAUUGUUUGUGAUAUUUCUGUAAUUUUUAUUUACAUUCUGCUGCUAUUACACAGGAAGUCAAGCAAUACGCAAAACCCCCCUAAAGUUCAUUGAGGGGAUUAAUUUGAACUCAAGUACCGCAUACCAUCAAAGGUGCGACUUGCACACCUGUGAAAUGUACAUUUGAGUCAGUUUAGAGGCUUAGAAGUGGAUGUAGUUGCCAUAAACUUAAACUGCACUGCAAAGAGUUAGUAAAUUGAGCUAGCUGAAAACCAUGUUGCAGCAACAAAGAUAGUAAUAUAUCCUUUGGAUUAGGAUUAUUUGUCAUUGUUUGGUUAGAAAGCAUGGAUGAACUUUUAGUUAUUAGACAGUUAAACAGGACGCCAGUUAUAAACUUUCUCUUUACUAAUUUUAUAACACAUCCCAGUUCUGAUUUGUUAAAACAAAACGUUUUGCGUGAUGCAUUUACAUAUGUUAGUCUAUAUUAUGGUGCAAAUUUGCACCAACAUGAACUGGAAGUGGUCAGUUUACGUGAACGAAACUGUCAAAUCUGAUGUUGUUUCAGGGCAGCUGGAGCUAUACAGUUCAAAUUCACUUUUACACAGAGACGAGAAAAAAAAGUUAAGAGCUUGGAGUAAAUGAAGUUGUCAUAGACUUUCCUUU